AUGAUAAACUCUACACAGGUUUCAUAUUUCACACUUGGUGCCUACUUUGACACCGGGGUUUUGAAAGAUUUAUAUUUAUUGCUCAUUAUGUCUUUGUAUGUUUUCAUAGUUUUUGCUAAUCUAUUGCUGAUUGUGGUUAUCUGUAUGAACAGGAGCUUACAUGAACCUAUGUACCUUUUCCUGUGCAGCCUGUUUGUAAAUGAACUGUAUGGUAGUACAGGGUUGUUUCCAUUCCUUGUGGUUCAGAUCCUCUCGGACAUUCACACUGUUUCUGCUCCCUUCUGUUUCCUGCAGAUUUUCUGUGUGUAUACUUAUGUGUGCGUAGAAUUUUCUAACUUAGCCGUCAUGUCUUAUGACAGAUAUCUCGCUAUCUGUUAUCCUCUGCAAUAUAACACUCAUAUGACAUCUAAAAAAGUUGCCAUGCUUAUUGCCCUACCAUGGCUAUACUCUUUCCUUACCAUUGUUGUUUUGAUAUCAUUGAUUGUUCCUCUACAGCUGUGUGGGAACAUCAUUGACAAAGUUUACUGUAACAACUACUCUAUUGUGAAACUAGCCUGCUCUGAAACGACAGCCAAUAACAUUUAUGGACUCAUUCUCACUUUUCUCACAGUCUUUGUUCCUUUCAUUAUAAUUCUUUACACUUAUAUGAGGAUACUUAAAGUGUGUUUUUCAGGUUCCAAACAAUCCAGACAGAAAGCUGUCAGUACCUGCACACCUCACCUCGCUUCUCUACUCAACUUUUCUUUCGGUGUUUGCUUUGAAAUAUUACAGAGCAGAUAUGAUACAAAGAGUGUGCACAGUGUACUGAAAACUGUUUUAUCAUUGUACUAUCUGACAUGCCAGCCGCUCUUUAACCCUGUGAUGUACGGACUGAAAAUGUCCAAAAUCUAUAUGUGUUUGAGUUUGGGCUCUAAGAGAGUGGGCUCUAAGAGAGUGGGCACUAAGAGAGUGGGCACUAAGAGAGUGGGCUCUAAGAGAGAGGACACUAAGAGAGUGGGCUCUAAGAGAGUGGGCUCUAAGAGAGUGGGCUCUAAGAGAGUGGGCACUAAGAGAGUGGGCUCUAAGAGAGUGGGCUCUAAGAGAGAGGACACUAAGAGAGUGGGCACUAAGAGAGUGGGCUCUAAGAGUGUGGGCUCUAAGAGAGUGGGCUCUAAGAGAGAGGACACUAAGAGAGUGGGCACUAAGAGAGUGGGCACUAAGAGAGAGGACACUAAGAGAGUCAGUGGACGCCCACAGCAGCAGACUGACGUCAUCGUCAAAGAAACCAAUUACUGA